AUGGAACGUUGGGACUUGCUGGGGUUUCUGAUCAUCACCUUAAACUGCAAUGUGACAAUUUUGGGGAAGAUCUGGCUCAUCUUCACAAUAAUGCUGAGGAUGGUGGUAAUCAUUUUGGCAGGCUACCCAAUCUACCAAGAUGAGCAAGAGAGAUUUGUCUGUAAUACUUUGCAGCCGGGAUGCUCCAAUGUAUGUUAUGACAUGUUUUCUCCCGUAUCCCAUUUCCGCUUUUGGCUAAUCCAGAAUGUGUCUGUUCUCCUACCAUACACCAUGUUCAGUGUUUAUGUCCUUCACAAAGGAGCCCUACAUGCUGCACUAGGGGCCCACCAACCAGAUUGUUGUAAAGGGAGGCAUAGCCUCUUUGGCCAGAGAGCAGUGAAGGGACUCUACCCAAGGCCUUGCUGUUUUUGUCUAAAUGUCCCUGACUUUUCCACUGUAUAUAUAAUACAACUUCUCCUUCGGAUCCUGACUGAAGCAGCUUUUGUAGGCACCCAAUACUAUCUCUUUGGAUUUUGGGUUCCAAAACGAUUCUCCUGCUACCACUCCCCUUGUACAAGCGUGGUGGAUUGCUACAUCUCCCGGCCCACAGAGAAAUCAAUCAUGAUGCUUUUUAUUUGGGGAGUCAAUGCUCUAUCCUUCCUCCUAAGUUUUGUUGACCUGACUUGUAGCAUGCAGAGAUGGUUGAGACGGAAGCAUCUGGCCAAGCAGGUGAUAAAAAAUGCUUGUGUCAGUGAAGAGCAUGGCUCUCCAAACAUCUCUCCUGGUGAAGCCACGAACUGUUUGGCCUCAGAGGUAGAACAGGAACCUCCACACCUGGUGAAGAGGUCUAGUCAGACCAGUGAGAAUUGUGAGUGGCCUGAGUCUAGAGGGGAAGAUGUAUCUCUUCAUCCAAUGGUGUGGCCUAAAGAUGUAGCUUCCAGGUCAAACCUUAACAGCCCAAGCAAUAAGUCCUGUUCAUCAGGAAGAAUGGCUUUUCCAGAUGAAGAGGGCAGUGAGGUGAUGUCCAGUGGCAGUGAACAGCACGGGAUAGCUCCUAAACAGCUGCAGGGCAGACUUGUCAAAGAGAUGGCCCAGGCUCCCAGGCCCAAAGACAGUCCCCAGCUUGAAGAACAUGCCUCCGCCCCACGAAGCAGACUUGGAGGGCAUUAUUCAUCAAGGGAGUUGAAACCUUCUGCCUCUCAGGUGAACUGUGGCAGCCCUAGCUACCUGAGAGCCAAAAAAUUUGAAUGGGUCUAA